CCCAUGUCACCAAAGUUUGCCACAAAGCAAAGAAAUCAUGCUUUUGGCCUAAACAAACUGAAUUUAAUAUUCAUAUAUAUAGGCCAACCUCAUUUAACAGCUUUUGUUUUUGAUCUGUUUCACUACACCUUUUCCGCUUUCUCUUGUUUGUAAUGUGAAGUAUUUAUGCAUAGAUUCGGACAGAGUUAGUGGUAUACUAAUAUUCACCAACUUUCUGAUUAGGAGUCAAGGACUUGGAAGAAGCAAAAAUUGAGUAUAUAUGGGGUGCCUUGUAUCAACACCAAAUGACUCUGGUGGAAAAAACCCAAAAAAUGUUGGGGAGAUUAUGGUGUUUGUUCCUGGACUAAGGAUUCCUAAACCAGUUGACUUUGUGCUGCCACUUGAUGAUGGGUUAUCAAAGAAUUUGGUUGAACGUUUAUCUGCUCUGAGAACACGUAUUGUUGUCAUGGCAGGGCAAGAAGCACCUAGAUCUGCAAAAUCAAGAAGAACAGCCACACAACAUGGAGGUUCAACAUUAGCUGAUCUUCAGCAGGCUCUUGAAGAUUACCUGCCAGUGCUGUUGGGACUAGUUUACAAUGGUAACAAGCUACAGCAUAAGUUGCAAUUCAGUUGGGUAAAUCAGGAGGAUGAUGCAGAGGAAACAACCAUGUCUAAUUCUUGGUAUGAGGUACUUUCAGUUUUGCACUUGAUGGCCAUGCUAACAUUAUCACAGGCCAACUUCUUGCUCCUUUCUAAAGCAUCUACUGAUGGUUAUCAGUCUAAAGUAUCUGAAGAGUGCAGUCGAACGUCUAUUGAUUUGCUUUUGAAGGCAGCUGGAUAUUUAGAUUUUGCUGUCAAACAUGCUCUCCCUCAGUUCCCACCUGAAGAGAGGAAAGAUCUACCAUUAGACCUGGCAGAAGAAGUGCUAGAAGCCCUUUGCUUGCAAGCUCUAGGCCAGGUAGUUGACAUUCAACUUGGAAUGGCUAUUGAUAGUAUACAAGCCACAAUGGCAGUGAAACGGAGACUUGCAUGUGAGAUGGUAAAAUACUGGCAUCAGGCACAAGAAAACAUAGUAAACCUUCCACUGGCAAAUCGAUGGGGGGAAAAGCAUAAGCUUUUUGUUAAGUGGAAACAUAAUGAGGCCAAGGCUGCUGCAUACUAUUAUCAUGGUUUGAUCCUUGACGAGGGGAAAACAGAAAGAUUUCAUAUGAUGGCAGUAGCAGCUCUGCAAGCAGCAGAUCAGUUUCUCAAGGAGAGUAAGAAGGCCUGUGAAUCCUUCAAUAUCACACCUCCUUUAUCACGAAAUCCUCCUGUUUGGAGGACUAGCAGCAAGUACCUUUCCGAGAAGAUUGCAAAAGACAUUGCAAGUAAGGUGCAAAUGAAACGGGACACACUCAAUCAUGAAUCGAUUGAGCAGACAGCUCCAGCAUUGCCAGAUUUUGCUUUGUCCCUAAAACCUGAUGAAUAUAGUCUUCCUUCAGUGGACCCUUCGUGGAAUGACAUUUUACAGAGUGAAAAUUUGUUUCCAUCUAGGCUAGACGCAAUUUAAAUGUAGCUAGAGAACGUACCAAUCAUUCAUUGAAGGAGAAGGACACCAUCCGUAACUGAUAGAUUAGUCCAAGUUUAAUCAGUAUAUAUUUUCAAUGUUUAGUAAUCUUUUUCCCCCCUCUAUAAUCCAGAUUCCUCUUAAGAUAUGGCAAGAUUUGCUUCUUAACAUUUAUCAUCAUUUUUUACCGUGACUCUACUUCAUGUCAUAUGAGCAUAAUAAGCGAACUUGCUUUAUCUUGCAUAGAGUUUGAAAUGAACUCAGGAUUAACAAAAUAUAAUACAUUCGACAAUA